UUUGUACUCCGUACUACAUUAUUUUGCAUAAUUCUUUUGUUACUCAAAUAUUUUAUUAAAAAAUGGUCAAUUAAUAAUUUUAAAAUGUCCGUGCAUGCACGUGAUCUAAUAUAGUAGGUGGAUAUGCCAAUCAUCCACCAGUCCAUCAUAUACCCUGAUACCCAUCUAGCAUAUUACUCCUUUUAUUUCUUAAUGUUUUUCUCGUUUGAAAUCUUGCAACUAUUUAAAAUUUGAGAGAAUCUACGUACUCUGUACUAAUUUAUUCUCAAAUAAAUAAGAAAAACAUAGUCAUACAUGUCCGUCGUUUUUUUCAAAGUGUGCACAGUUAAACUAGGGAAAAUCAAUAAGAAACGGAUGGAGUAUGAAGUAUGAACUGACAGUUAAAUACUAGGUAUGUGAUAUGAUAUGAUUAAAUACUUGGGAUGAAGUAUGAUUAGAGUAUUAUUUUAUAAUUGUAUGGCCGUCGUUUUUUCAAAGUGUUGUUUAAUCUCACAUUCUCCCCAUGACCUGGUCCUUAUACAAUCAAGCUAGAAUUAGUCACUGCAUGGAGUAUAUAUAUACACAUAAAUGCUUUGCUAAUUCUCAUCUUAAUUACUUGUGAUUGAUUGCUUCACCAAUACAAUUCCCAUUCUUCAACUUUUUUUUUUUAAUUAGUUCAUCUAAUUAUCUCACUCAUUAAUCAACAAAUAUGGAACUUAGCCAAGACCCAUUAUUUUCUUCCACCAGAUGGUGGGGGAAAGAGACAAGAGCAAUAGUAACAGGAGGAAAUAGAGGGAUUGGAUUAGCAAUGGUAAAGAGAUUAGCAGAAUUAGGAGUGACAGUAAUUCUAACAGCAAGAGAUGCAAACAAAGGCAAACAAGCUUUGGAGAUGCUCAGAAAUGAAGGACUUGCUAAUUAUAUCCAUUUCUCCAUCCUUGAUGUCUCUGAUCCUCAUUCUAUAUCACUCUUUGCUUCCUGGUUCAACAACAAUUUUGGACUUCUUGACAUUCUAGUGAACAAUGCCGCGGUAUCAUAUAAUGGGAUCUAUGAAAACUCUGUCAAGAAUGCAGAAAUAGUGAUCAACACUAAUUUCUACGGUCCAAAAUUGUUGAUAGAAGCAUUAUUGCCUUUCUUCCGAUGCUCAUCCACUUAUAAAAGUCGCAUUCUCAACUUCACUUCAAGGCUUGGCUUACUUCAUAAUGUGGAAAAUAAAGAAGUAAGAGCGAUACUAGAAGACGAGGAAAAUCUAAGUGAGGAGAAGAUAGAAGGAGUAAUAAGAUUGUUUCUAAAGCAAGUGAAAGAAGGGAAAUGGGAAAAAGAAGGAUGGCCAAAAGCAUGGACAGAUUAUGCAGUUUCAAAGCUAGCUUUAAAUGCAUACUCAAAGAUAUUAGCAACAAGAUUAAGAGAUUCUAAUAUUAGUGUUAAUUGCUUUUGCCCUGGUUUUACACAAACUGGUAUGACUGGUGGUAAAGGGAGUCGCACGGCUGAGAUUGCGGCCAACAUUGGAGCUCAACUUGCCCUUCUUCCUCCUCAAUUUCUUCAAACUGGCAAAUUUACGAUGGGCCAAAAUCUAUUCCUACAUUCUAGGUUUUGAAUAAUUUGUUGUAACUAAUGUCGUCCAUUUUAUAAUCCGUUACAUAUUGGCUGUCGCUUUGGUUUUAUAAAAAUGUAAAGAUUUCUAUUGAUCAUGUUAUGAAUGAAUGACCCUUUUGGGCUACAA